CUCCUUUUGGGCUCUUUUCUCCGUGUUCUCCUGCUGGCUGGGCCCCUGAGAGCGUUCCAGACAUCGCCUCUUCGCCGUUUUUUUAUCGGUCCAUCGCCCCUCCGAGUCAGCAUGAGUACAGCGGCGAAGACCACCUGGCAGAAUGAAAUAAGCCAGUCAGCGACGCGAUGCACCGGAGGCUGCUGCAAAUGCCCUGCUGUGAUGAAUCUCUGUGUUUGUUUCUUUGUUUCUUUGUUUCUUUGUUUCUUUGUUUCUUUGUUUCUUUGUUUGUCUGUGCAGGAAGGGGGAGUUUGUCCGCUCUGACGCAGGUGGGGUGCGCGUCGAGGGGCGGGCGGGCCACAGUCACCGAGUGCAGCAGAAUACACUCCACUCACUGUGAUUGAUGUGCUGUGUAAUAUUGUGUGUGCAGGAUGGCGGAAUUGGUCAGUCAGCGAUACUGAUUAAUAGGAAUGAACGAGUGAGUGUGUGCUGUGGGAUGGGAUGGCAUCCUAUGCAUUGCAACAGGAUCAAGAAGGACGGCUCUACGCCGUUCCAGCCCGAGGCUGGCCGCUACCACCUCUACGUGUCGUACGCAUGCCCGUGGGCCAACAGAUGCCUGGCCAUGCGCUCACUCAAGGGCCUCGAAGACGUCAUCGGCGUGUCGGUCGUCCACCCCACCAUGCAGAGAACACGACCAGGUCAGAGGCAUCUGCUCUGCUUGUGUCACCUCACCCUUGUUGUCAUGUCAUGAUGAUGCGAUGCGAUGCCGUCGUCAGAUUUGGACGAGCAUGUGGGAUGGGCCUUCGCCAAGCCCAAGGACCCCCCCUUCACGAGUGCCUGGGGCGUGGGGUCAUUCGAGUGCGACGCUGCGCUGGUGCCCGAUGACGUCAACGGUGCCAAGUUCAUCCGAGACCUCUAUGAGAAGGCAAAGGACUCGGUCGGUAAGUACUCGGUGCCUGUCCUGUGGGACAAGAAGCUCAACACCAUCUGCAGCAAUGGUGAGGGGGCUGGGAGGGUGGGAGGCGGAGAGAGGGGAGGGUAGGGUGCAAUGUGGUUGGUGGUCGGUGCUUGUGCUAUGUGUGUGGCGGUUGCAGAGUCGUCAGAGAUUAUCCGGAUGUUCAACUCGGUCAGCCGUGAUCACAUGCGGUGCAGAUGUCGUGUGGUGGGCAGAUGUCUGCGCAUGUGCCGUUGCUGUGGCUGCCUUUUGCUUUCACAGGAGUUCAAUGACGUCGCCAAACAUCCCCAGCUGGACCUCUACCCAGAGGCGCUCAGCAAACAAAUCGACGAGGUGGGGGCGGCGGAGAACACUCUCACACCGUCUGCUUUGAAAGUGCAGCAACCCUUUUUGUCUGCCUGCCUUCAGGUCAACGAGUGGACGUAUCCUUCCAUCAACAACGGUGUGUAUCGGUGCGGCUUCGCCAAGUCGCAGGAGGCACACGAAAAGGCAUCAUACGAGCUGUUCGAGGCACUUGAUCGUGUCGAGGUGUGCGUGAGUGAACUGCCAUCGUGUUCCGUAAGACGUAACUGUUGUCAUUUGCUUCGCUCAGUCGAUUUUGUCCAAGCAGCGCUACCUGACCGGCCCGCGGUUCACGGAGGCGGACCUUCGCCUCUUCAUGACACUCGUCCGUUUCGAUGAGGUCAGUGGGACGAUAGACAGUCCGACAAACACUGUCCCUGUGUGGUGUGGUGUGGUGUGGUGUGGUGUGUGGUUCCUCGUCAGGUGUAUGUGGUUCACUUCAAGUGCAACCAGAAGCGCAUCGCUGACCUGCCCAACACCCACGGGUACGUCAAGGAGAUCUGCCAGAUGCCGGCCAUCCAGAAGGUCAUCAACAUGGACCACAUCAAGGUGCACUACUACUCAUCCCACCAGUCCAUCAACCCCUACGCACUCGUGCCAGUCGGUACGCCAGGCACAACCAACACACACACACACUCACACACCCACACACACACACACACACACAGAGAGAGAGAGAGAGAGAGCAAAGCGCCCAUCUCUUAUGUGUGUUGAGUGGCUGUGCAGGCCCCGGUGUGGUGAAGGAGCUCCUGACGCCCCAUGACCGUCAUCGGUUCCCCAAGGAAUGAGUGAACAAACGGACCAUGGCUCAGCUACUAGGUGUAGGUAGACAGGCACAUCUCUCGACCGCCUCGAGAGAAGAGAAGGGAAGGGGAGGGGGAUCUACUCGAGUGUUUUCUGCUUCUUGGGAGAGCGACGACAGCGCUGGCUUCACACGCGAGUACUUCCAUUGCAUUGCAUGCACGGCUUUCUUAGUUGGGUGAUGGGCGUAGAAGGCAGCAGAGAGCAUUAGUCGGGUGGAAUGUCAAGCUGCCUGCGUUGGGUGUGAACACUGAUCUGGAGGACGGGCAAUGACAGUUCAAG